CCAGGCAUUGGCAACCCAACAAAUCUUUGUACAGUUUGAAGUUAGCUGAGUGGACUUUGCUAAGUGCUUAACAAGCUUUGAGCACCUUCUGUCAUGGCUUCCUCCAAAAAAAAUGAUGUCAUUUGAGGAAGGCAAUGAGAAAUUCUUAUGGAAGAACCACAGAUCUCCUCAAGCUUCUUUCUCUAGAGUAGUAUCCUUCAAAGGGGCUGGGCAACUUCCGUACAGAGGGCAACCACAGCAACCAGAAGCUACUGGUUUGGGAGAUUAUGGUGCUGGCAGAUAUGGAGAACCUAGCCAGCUGCCAUAUGGUGUUCAACCUGCUGGUCUUGGAGUGGAAGGUAAACCAGGACCAUUUGGUGGGCCACAAGUAGGAUAUGAAUCCCAGCCUGCCCAGGCAAUAGGGCUGGAUGGCAAUGGAAAUGGACUAGGAUAUUUGAACAGUAGAAACCUUCAAGCUAAUGGACUGGGGGCAGGUGCAUAUGGCCCUCUUGCUGCAGGGCAAGCACCAGGAGGAUACGGCGGUCUGCUAGGCCCUGGACAGCCAUUAGGAGGAUAUAGAGGGAAAGAAUCAAAGUAUGGAAUGAAUGGAUACCUGGGAAAUGGCUAUAGAGUUCGCUGCCCUUCUGGAAAAUGCUGAAAGACAAUACUGCUCUAUGGAACUUCUUAUAGCAAGAUCUGGCAUCUGGACAAUCUUUGGUGCUAAUUUUGAAGACCAACAACUAAGUUUUCCCAUAUAAAUGAUUGUGUCUUUUUCCUUCUGUGUAGUUUAUUUUGUCAUUAGAAAUGUUUCAUUUUAAAAAAGAAUGAAGAACAUUGCAUGUUAGUUUUUAAAGCUUUGGACAACCAUAUUUUCCAAGAGCUCAUAGUAUGUCUGUGACCAGUACUACAUAAAGAAUGUGAGAAGCUAGAAAAUGCUUUUGUUUUUUUUCCCCAAGACAUACCUUAUGAAUUCAACAAAUUAGGAAGCUGUCUAGAGAUGUUUUUCAUUUAAUUAUGUUUCUGGAGGCCCAGACACCAAUGUCUUUUCACGU